UACAGCAUGAGGCUUAUGGCCAUGUGGGAAUUUCCGCUGAUAGUGGCUCCCGGUUAAAUCUGCAUAUUGGAGCAGCGUGCGGCAGCCUUACCAGGAGCGUGUAAGGAGAAACUGAGGUCCUUGAAUCUGUGCAGCCUUGAGGAGCACGGACGCUCAACGCGGCUUUCGUUGCCAGGAGAGCCGCUUAAAUUUUUGAAGUGAGAAACUGACGACUUUUGCCGCUUUCGUCGAAUCGCCAGAAGAUGAUGAGGUUUACUUUCGGUGAAAGAGAAAGAUCUACGAAGACACCUUCACUUGAUCACUGCUGAGGACCAGGAGUUCUGUGGAAAAAGGUCUGUACAGCACCGGCAAGGCACCCAAGCUCCGUCACAUGGACACUGAACAGCUGUUGCAUUUACCAUCUUGUCUCAGAGAGAAACCAGACCGCUCGGGAGCGACGGGGUGCUACACGGCGAUGCCGGAAAAACUUGUUUGCAUCAAAGCGCCUCGUACUUAGCAACUGAUGAGGAUGAGAGACCGAGUGAUGACCUACCUGUAUUUGACAAGUGUGUUUUUCACCUCGUUGGAGAAAGGAGGACAGCAGGGGAAAAGUCAGCGAGGGGGAAGAGCGAACCAGUGAGGGAAGGUGUGAAGCCAACACUGUUAAAAAAAAAAAAAAAAAAAAAAAAAAAAAAAAACUACAGAAGCUUUUCUUUUUCUUUUUUUUUCUUUUUUUUAAACUGCCAGACUGAGGGAGUAAGAGGAGAAAAGUGGUUUCAAAGAGCCGGCCGUACACCCAUUUAACGCAGCAGGCUUUUUCAGAGCCAUACAGGGAAACCUCUUAAUGGAGCCACAAACUGGUACCCCUUUCUGACCUGUCAACAGUAACACAGAGAGAUAACAUUAUGGAAGUGGACUCUUCAAACAGCACUCUUGCCAACGCAUCACAUGUCCAGGUGGCUUCUCACAAUGUUUGGGAAGUUAUUACUAUCGCUACAGUAUCAGCAGUUGUCAGCUUGAUAACUGUUGUGGGUAACGUGCUGGUUUUGCUGUCCUUCAAAGUCAACAGCCAGCUGAAGACUGUUAACAACUACUACCUACUCAGUCUGGCUUUCGCUGACCUCAUCAUUGGAGUUUUGUCAAUGAACUUAUACACCACAUAUAUCCUUAUGGGUUACUGGUCCUUGGGAAACGUCGCAUGUGAUCUGUGGCUAGCAGUGGAUUAUGUUGCCAGCAAUGCUUCAGUUAUGAACUUACUUGUCAUCAGCUUUGACAGAUACUUCUCCAUUACAAGGCCGUUAACUUACAGGGCUAAAAGGACUCCAAAGAGAGCUGCCAUCAUGAUUGGCCUUGCAUGGCUGGUGUCAUUUGUCCUUUGGGCGCCACCCAUUCUGUGCUGGCAAUACAUUGCAGGAGAGAGAAGCUUGCUUCCUAACGAGUGCCACAUCCAGUUUUUAACACAGCCCGUGAUCACAUUUGGCACAGCCAUUGCUGCUUUCUAUAUCCCUGUCUCUGUUAUGACCAUCCUCUACUGUAGGAUCUACAAGGAAACGCAGAGACGCACCAAAGAUUUGGCUGAGCUACAAGGCCUGGCUACUGAAAAUGUUCUAGAAGGCACUAAACCCCAGAAAACUACCAUUCAUUCUUGCUUUCAUUUUACCAGAGAGAGGCGAGACCUGAGUCAGGCCUCCUGGUCCUCGUCUAACCAGAGCAAUGCUACUAAAAUGACCACCAGAUCAGAUGAGGCAUGGGUGAAAGCAGAUCAAAUCACUUCCUACAACAGCUACUCUUCAUCUGAAGAGGAGGAGCAGCAUGUUUCAAUAGAAACCCCACAGAGAUCUUUCGAAGAGCAAGGUAGUGGGCAAAGUAAUAAGAAUGGACAAGUGAGUGACUAUACAGAGGAUCUAUACUUUUCCACUCCUGAAAAGAAGAGUAGUAAAAAACACAUCUCUUAUAAAUUUAAACCUGGCUCUAGCUCAAAGGGCAAAAACGGCAAAGCAAUGACUUCCGCGCCCUGCCUGCCCAAAGCAGAAGAGCCCACCCAAACGGCCUCCCCUACCCCCUCCACCACCUCCAAACCCAUUGACCCCGUCCUGAAGAACCAGAUCACCAAGAGGAAGAGGAUGGUGCUUGUGAAGGAGAAGAAGGCGGCCCAGACUCUCAGCGCCAUUCUGCUGGCUUUCAUCCUCACGUGGACGCCAUACAACAUCAUGGUGCUCAUUUCCACUUUCUGUGAAAAAUGCAUCCCCCCGUCCCUGUGGCACCUGGGCUACUGGCUGUGCUACGUCAACAGCACCAUCAACCCCAUGUGCUACGCGCUGUGCAACAAGACCUUUCAGAAGACCUUCCGCAUGCUUCUGCUCUGCCAGUGGAGGAGGAGGAGGAGAGGCAACGACAAGCUGUACUGGGGCGGACAAAACCCAAACGCCAACAAUAAAAUGACUUGAUGCGGAAAAAUACUAUUAUAGAACAGAUGUAUUGCUUUUGUCCCCAUGUGAUGAUUUUCUUGAUGUGUACUUUAGUCCGUGGUCGUCUUCAGCAUGAAGUGCUGCAUGUGAUUUUUGUGUUGAAAAAAUCGAUGUUGGUGAACACUUAGCUGAGCCAAAGGCAGCACUUACACUUCUGUUCCUGAUUAUUACAGAAAAG